AUGGCGCGUUCCAAGGAUUGCAAAACCGCAUGUCGUCACAGAUUCAACAAUGACACGGAUGGCCCGGUGAAGUUCCUCUGGAUAGACUACGACGGGCAGGAGCAUGCGUACGCCACGGUGUUCCCCGGCCAGAGCCACAUCCAAGACACCUACACCAGCCACCCCUGGCGCGCGCGGGUGGCAGACACGGGCGCGGAGAUUGGGGAGUAUGUGGGCCCAGGCGCCACGCUGACGGUCCUCCCCGGCGCCCGACUGCGCGUGGAGCCCGGGCUGCAGCCCCGCAGGCCCCCCGACAUGCACGUCGCACCCUGGGGCUGGUACCGCCAGCGCGGGCGCUGCGCCCGGGGCCACCCGAUCUACGCCUUCGACUGCGUGCCCGACGCGGCGGUGCGCCUCGCCGCCUUCACCAUGGACUGCAUGACUGCGCACCUCCCCGCGCCGGCGGUGUCGCGCAUGCACGGCUGGGGCGCCUUCCUGGCGAUCAUCGGACGGGGGCAGGUGACCACCGACAUCCCGCAGUACGCGCAGUACCGCGGCCAGGACAGUGGCAACGGCGGCGGGCGGGUGGAGACGGCGACGCGCGGGCUGGGGGGGGGCACCAGCAACCCCGUGUCCUCGGUGGGGGAGGAGAACCUGACCAUGGAGGACGACGUGCACUACGGCUGCGAGAGCAUCCUCAUCCACGAGUGGGCCCAUGCGGUCAUGGACCUGGGGUAUGCGGAGCAGCCCCUCCAGGCAGAGAUCGUGGAGUGCUGGAAGGCGGCGGAGAAGCGUGGCACGUAUGUCAAAGGCAGCUACAUCAUCUCCAACCCGGGGGAGUACUGGGCCGAGGCCUCCCAGGCCUGGUUUGAGGCCACGAUGCGCGACGACGUGACCAGCGGCCUCAAAACGCGCGACGCAGUGAAGCGCGCGGACCCAUGGCUGGCCUCCCUGCUGACCAGGGUCUACGGCGACGGGCCCUGGCGCUACUGGCACACCUGCCCCCGGCCCUUCACGGGGGACGAGGCGCGGUGGCAGGCCGGCAGGGCCCUGGGCGGGCGCACCGUCCCGCCCGUGGCCCCCUACCAGGCGGUGGGUGGCGCGGAGCUGGGGUGGCCGGCGCAGGCGGGCCCGCCGCAGCCGACGGGCCCCACGCCGAGGCCGGACCAGCGGCGCAGGCGGAGGCGGAGCGCGUCCAAGUGGGUGGAGGAGGUGACCGAGACCCUGGCCGGCAUGUUGAAGAAAUUGUGA